CGAUCGCUGGGAAAUAGAACGCGGCUGCAAUUUCAUGUUCCGACAAGUGUUGACUUUUGGGAAAACCUGUUGACCGACUACUGUCUUUUGUUUGACAACAAUGGCUUCGACCGAGCAUAAGGACUUGGCUGCAUUCAUAAAGAGUGUUCAUAGCAAUUUACGAAAAGAAUCGCAAAUUUAUGGCCCAGAAGCUGCUUGGAGAAGACAUGUGGCUGAAAGUGAAACAUUGCAGAAAUAUGCGAAGGCAAUGCAAAAGCUAGCAACGAAACACUGGGCGGAGAACGUAGCGGAUCCAAAGAAAAAUACGAAAUGUAGAAUAGACUGGGUGAAGUCACAAUGUUGGGAAUAUUUUUUCAGGGGUGGUACAGAAUUGUUUUGGGACAGAGAGGUGAAUAUUAAUCGGAAAAUAGCGAACGACCAACGCAUCAGCGGAAUAUCAACAUAUCAAGAAUACUCAGAUUCUGAAAACGGUAAAACCGGUCUCUCAAACGAAAGGAAGAAGCUGAUUUCGGAAGACGGAUUAAUUUGUUCAAAUUCAAAAUUGACGUCAGUGGAUGACAAAGAUACUCCAGAUCGGAAACAAAGUCUCAAUGAGCAUUCUACUAUGAAGCAAAAUGCAAAAUUUGAGAAAAGCAUUGAAAACAAUUUGCAAAUAAGUAACAAUGAGCGCGAUUCGAGCACCGCACAAGUUUUGCACAGGGAAGGUUCGAAAGUAAAGUUGCUGGACGUGGGAAGUUGUUACAACCCCUUUGCUGAUGUAAAUUUUUUUGACGUCACUGCUAUUGAUCUGGCUCCAUCUUGCGAAGGAGUAUUGCAAUGUGACUUUUUGAGAAUGCAAAUAGGACAGGAAAAUAUAUAUUCUGCCGACAAGCAGCGAGUCGAACAACUGACUGUGGAAUCUUUUGACACAAUUGUGUUCUGCUUGUUGCUAGAAUAUUUACCAUCUCCUGAGCAGAGAUACGCUUGUUGCCAAAAGGCUUACAAUUUGUUGAAAAGUGGUGGCUUAUUGUUGAUCAUUACUCCAGAUUCAAAGCAUGUUGGCGCUAACGCGAGAUUCAUGAAAUCCUGGCGCUAUGUUUUGUCGAGUCUUGGGUUUAUGCGAACAAAGUAUGAAAAAUUGCCUCAUGCUCACUGCCUAGCUUUUAGAAAGUGCUUUUACAAAAGAGUCGCUACCAGAUGGGCAAGUUUGCAAAAAUUUUCACAAGACGACGAACUUUUUCAUUCCGAUACUAAGAUCUUUAUACCACAGGAUUUUACCACAUGGAUUAGGGAAGAGACAGUCGAGUGUGUUUCAGGUGAUAAGAAAGCUGAUGUUAAUUUUUAUAAUGAAUUGCCAUAUGCAUAGCAAUAAAUAUAAUUU